AUGUCUGACAAGGUGGAGGAUAAGUAUGGGGAUCGGUUUGAAGUUCUAGAGAAGAUUGGCCAUGGAUCAUUUGGUGUUAUCCGAAAAGUUCGCAGGAAGCAGGAUGGUCAGAUACUCUGCCGGAAAGAAAUCAAUUAUACCAAGAUGUCGCAGAAGGAAAAAGAACAGUUGCAUGCAGAGUUCAUCAUCCUUGCUUCACUGCGACACCCGAAUAUUGUCGGUUACUAUCAUCGAGAACACAUCAAGACGACAUACGACCUUCACUUGUAUAUGGAAUACUGUGGGAAUGGCGAUCUCGGCCGAGUCAUCAAACAGCUCCAAUUGAAGAAGGAAUACGCCGAAGAGGGGUUUGUCUGGAGUAUGUUCGCGCAGCUCGUGGGUGCUCUAUACAGAUGUCAUUAUGGUGUAGACGCGCCGGAAACUGGGAGCAAUGUUAUGGGUCUGGGAAACUCAGCAAAGCCACGCGCGCCAGCCAAUGGGACUAUGAUUCUUCAUCGAGAUCUGAAACCCGAAAACAUUUUUCUUGGAGAAGAUAAUUCCGUGAAGCUCGGGGACUUUGGACUUUCGAAAAUGAUGGCAUCGCAUGACUUUGCGUCAACCUAUGUUGGGACGCCGUUUUACAUGUCCCCAGAAAUCUGUGCUGCUGAGCGGUAUACACUCAAAUCUGAUAUUUGGUCUUUGGGCUGCAUUAUAUACGAGCUCUGCGCCAGGGAACCACCAUUCAACGCCAAGUCACACUUUCAGCUUGUUCAAAAGAUCAAAGAAGGCAAAGUCGCGCCACUACCAGCAGUCUACUCGCCUGAAUUGAACAAUGUUAUCAGAGACUGCUUAAGAGUAAACCCGGAACGAAGACCGGAUACAGCUCAGCUGAUCAAUAUCCCUAUGGUCAAGUUAAUGCGAAAGGAGAAGGAGGUAGUGGACUCUGCCCGGGAACUAAAGAAAAAGCAUGCCCUCGCAGACCAAAAACAACAAGAACUUGAUCAGCGCUUGCAAUUUUCAGAUUCUGAGAAAUUCAAUUUGCGUCAAGAGAUAGACGCAAGCGUGCGCCGCGAAUGGGAGGUGAAGGCCAAGUUGGAAAUCAGUCGCCUUGUACAGCUUGAAAUCGAGCAGCUUCGAAGUAAAUUCGACGAAGAAGUUAAUUCAAAGGUUCGAGCCGAAAUGCAAAAGAGAUCAACAACGCCAGAUCUGAAAGCUGCGCGGCUGCCGAAUGUAGCCCCAAUACCGGAGCAGGCGUCAACUUUAUCGGACUCUGAGCCAUCAGUUGGCAACUCGUCUUCGUCAAUUGGAAGUAAUGGUGAGAGCGAAUUUGGGUCAUCUACUGACUUGACCGAUAUUUCCACCGAUUCACCUGAGACUAUACAACCAAAGAAGAGAAGCACGCGUACGCCAUUGGCUCGAGCGCAGACCAUUGGUGGAUUUAUGGGGACCCCGAUGGAUGUUGAGAUGGGAGAGCCGUCGCCAAUAGCUAUCGCUUCUCUUUCCCUGUCACCUCGAAGAGGGGAAGCAACCAGAGCUCCAACUGCAACACGUAACAUUUUUGCUGCUGCCGCUGGACAAGAGCCUCGUAUGCAACCAAUUCUGAUGAAUUCAGAUUCCGAAGAUGAUGAUGUACCAACUCUACCAUCUCCAACAAGACCAAAGUCAUCCAAGAAUCCUUUCAAGCCUGUGAAUCGACCUGCCCUGAUCUCACAAAAGACUGCACCAGUCAACAAGCAAGGGUUUUCGAGCAUAUUCAAUGGCGGAAAGCCACAUACGGGAGGCCUUCCAACGCUUUCUAGUGCGCCAGAUCUUCGACCAUCAGCGAGUAACAGCUCCCUCAAGGACAGAAGCCCUUCACCGAAUCGACGAAUAUCCAAGAUUCCAUCCUCGACAAAUCUAUCAUCUCACGACAAUCCCCCAACGUCACCAACAAGGAAAAGCAGUCUGUCUAAGAAGACUAGCGGGGCAGAAGAUCUUAACAAGCUUGCAAUGAAAAACAACAUGACCAAGGCUGUCAUCGGGGGACCUCAUGCACCAAAAGGAAGAACUCUCGUUGAAUUGGCGCAGGCAAGAGCUGGUGGUAGACCAAUUGGUGAUGGGAACCGAAGUCCAGAGCCUAAGGGACGAGCGUUCGCUCAACGCAUGGCCGACAAGGUUGCUUCCAGAGAUCAAGAGCCAGCGGUUUGGGACCCUGAACGGGAGGAGAUGCCAAGUCCUUUCCUGUCGAGGACAAAAGAUUUCAAGAGAUUUUAA